AGGAGCUGAUGAUUGUGUUGAUCACCAGUGGUCACUGUUUAAUUAAUCAUGUCUAAGUGAUGAAGCUUCCAUAAAACCCCAAAAGACUGGGUUUGGGGAACUUCUGAAUAGGUGGACGUGGGAGGUUCCUGGAUGAUGGUGCCCCAGAGAGUGCAUGGAAGCUCUGUGCCUUUCCCACAUGCCUCGCCCUAUGCAUCGCUUCAUCUGUAUUCUUUGUAAUAUCCUUUUAUAAUAAACCGGUAUAUGUAAGCAAAGUGUUCCUCUAAGUUCCUCUGAGUUCUGUGAACUGGUCUAGCAAAUUCAUAGAACCUAAGGAGCAGGUCAUGGGAACCCCGAUUAAUAGCCAGUUGGUCCGAACCACGGGGAAAACAACCUGGUCCUUGUGGUUGGUAUCUAAAAUGGAGGCUAGUCUUGUGGGACUCAGCCCUCAGCCUGUGGGAUCUGAUGCAGUCUCCAUCCAGAAUAAACAGCCAUUGGACUCUUCAAAGAAAUACGCUGUCUGCAUCAAGUACUGCUUUUGCAGAUUGGUUGUUUCAUUAUGGAUGGAGGGGAUGAUGGUAACCUUGUUAUCAAAAAGAGAUUUGUGUCUGAGGCGGAACUAGAUGAACGGCGCAAAAGGAGGCAAGAAGAAUGGGAGAAAGUUCGAAAACCUGAAGAUCCAGAAGAAUGUCCAGAGGAGGUUUAUGACCCUCGCUCUCUGUAUGAAAGACUACAGGAACAGAAGGACAGGAAGCAGCAGGAGUAUGAGGAACAGUUCAAAUUCAAAAACAUGGUAAGAGGCUUAGAUGAAGAUGAGACCAACUUCCUUGAUGAGGUUUCUCGACAGCAGGAACUAAUAGAAAAGCAACGAAGAGAAGAAGAACUGAAAGAACUGAAGGAAUACAGAAAUAACCUCAAGAAGGUUGGAAUUUCUCAAGAGAACAAGAAGGAAGUGGAAAAGAAACUGAGUGUGAAGCCCAUAGAAACCAAGAACAAGUUCUCCCAGGCAAAGCUGUUGGCAGGAGCUGUGAAGCAUAAGAGCUCAGAGAGUGGCCACAGUGUGAAAAGACUGAAACCGGACCCUGAGCCAGAUGACAAGAAUCAAGAGCCCUCAUCCUGCAAGUCUCUCGGAAACACUUCCCUGAGUGGCCCCUCCAUCCACUGCCCCUCUGCUGCAGUCUGUAUCGGCAUCCUCCCGGGCCUGGGCGCCUACUCUGGGAGCAGCGACUCCGAGUCCAGCUCAGACAGCGAAGGCACCAUCAAUGCCACCGGAAAGAUUGUCUCCUCCAUCUUCAGAACCAACACUUUCCUCGAGGCCCCCUAGUUUCUCUGUCCUUACACAGGGAGCUCCUCCCCAAGGGUAGAUUGGACCGUUCAUGCUGCCUUCGGGCAUUACAUCCCUCAAAAAAAACUCCUUUGCCUGCAUCCUGUGCACAACAUGACAUUUUUAACCAAUCCAAUCUAAAAAUGUGCCAGAAUCCACCUGUGGCCCGAAUUGUGUUUGGUUUCUCUUUCUACUGCAGUGUACAUGAGCAAACCUGUCCUGCUGCCACUUUCCUCACUGAUAUUGGGAGGAGGGCAAGGCCCAGCCGAAGUUCCACUAAAAAUGCCCUAGGAGAAUAGGCACCGGCUCGCUUGCCAAAGGGUUUGGGUUUUAUUGCUUUCUGUUUUUUUCUUUUCCUGACAGCACAAAGAAGUAAGGGCAGUUAUUGGACAGGUGUUAUUUAAACAUUCUAUUGUAGGUGAACGUGUUGUUUGGUUCUACUGCAUUGUGGAGCAUGCGGGGGAAGAGAACUGACCCAGGUGAUGAAAUGGAGCCCUUCCCUGGAACUAACCAGUCCUUGAUGUUGUGUGACUAAGUAAAGAUGAUAAACCCCAUCUGAUGGGGGUGUCACUUCACACUCGGCAUGCAUUGUGAAAGCUUUCCGUACCCUUGGCCAUUCUCUCUCCCCUCUUUAUCCAACCCCAUUUAUGCAGGAAGGGACUGCUAACAAGAAAGCUUCCAUCUCAGACCUUUUCUCUGCCUGGGAAAUUAUUUUAUGUUUGUUUUUGAAAUAAAGGAUUUAGUUUAAGAUUCUAAAUUUUAGAGAAACAAACAUAGGCCUUGUUUACUCAUAGCCAGACAUCAGAACUGUGGGUAGGUAUGUUAAGGAGAUGACUUAUUUCUGGCAGCUCCUGGAAUCCUGAUAUUGUAAACGAGUGGGACACACUUGCAUAUUGUGACUGUUCUACUGAGGCCCUUCUCUGUUUAAUGCACAUUAUACUUGUGCUUUUCACUGUGGAAUCUAUUUCUAACCUAAAGGUGCUGCCCUAAUACUUUUCUUUGCUGCCCCUGCUGCUCUUUUUCCUUUCCAAAAAGCAACUCUGAGGCCAUGAGCAGCCAAAAACUAGAGGUGCUGCUCCACCUUGUCUCAUAAAGGGAAACGGGUUCAUCCUUUGGAUUCUGGAGGAGGGAGAGGGAGAUGGUUUGGAGGCCUCUAGGAAAGAGAUAAGAUAUGAGCUUUGAUGACAAUCUGUAGGCUCUCCUGCUUUAGAAUAAGCGUGUACCAUUCUUUAUCCAUUCCCCUUGUUCCUACGUCAAUUGUUUUUACUUUCUUGGGUGUGAGACUGAGUGAGACACACACAAAAUGUGUUGACACUGUGAUGCCGGCAGGCAGAGCAGCUACUGACUUUGAACGUGGGCAGAGAGGCCCCUGGAUCUCAUCCAGCCCACUCGUUUUCCCCUUCCAGUGCAGUGACACUCCGGUGCCCGUUGGCAGAUGGCGACUUCCCUGCACCCAUAACUGAUGCUUUGUGAAUUCUUCCUCCUUUUCAGAACUACUCUGUGCUAAUUGUUCCUGACUGCCAGUAUGGGCGCGUCAGCUCCAUCCUAACAAACAAGAUGUUUAGGUAAAACUGUGUAGGCACCUUCUGCUUCUCUGCUUCAUUGUUCCUAUGAUAGUCGUGUUGUUAUUACAGCAUGUACCCAAAACAGCCUCACAUUGUUACAGGAGGCAGGCUAGGGCAUCAAGUCACCAUCUUUAUGUGGCUUGAGUCAAGCCACAUUACUGUACCUCAUGGCCUCUUGAUGUGGAAAGAAGUUGACAAAAGGUUGCAGGGUUUAAAAACAUACAUUAACAUGAAAGCUAAUAAACCUGUCAGAGAACAA